CCUUCUGUUACAUUAAGAACAUCGAAAUGAAUUUCCACACAUUAAUUUUACUUUUGAGUGCAGUCGUCUUUGCUCGUGCUAAAUUACCAUCUUACAUUACAAAAUGUUCGAUAAGCGAUCCCAAACUUGGCGAUUGCAUUAAAAAUCAAGUGAUAACUACAAUACCAAAAGUUAUAAAUGGUGACAAGAAUAUGCGUAUCCCGAACUUAGAUCCAUUCCAUUUGACCGAAAUUGAAAUUGAAGCAACAGAAACUCUUACUCUUAAAUUAUUAGAUAUUGAUAUAAAAGGACUGGAUAAAGUUAAACUAGGAAAUUUUCAUGUCGAUGGUAAAAAAAUGACAACUAACGUUGAAUUAAUUUUUGAUGAAAUUGAUAUUACUGGGACUUAUGAUAUCAAGGGUCAGCUUUUGAUUUUGCCAAUUCAGGGACACGGGCCAGCUAAAAUUACUAUGAAAAAUGCGAAAUUCACCUUCGAAUUCGAUUGGGAUGUAAAACCAAAUGACAAAGGUGUGGAUUACAUAGUUUUGGGAGAAUCUAAUCUUCAUUAUACUACCGAAAGAAGUCAUUACCAUUUCGACAAUUUGUUCAAUGGGGAUAAAGCUUUAGGUGAUCAAAUGAAUGCGUUCAUAGAAGAAAACUCGGAAGAAGUAUCGAAGGAUAUCGAACCUUCAGUAUCAGAAACUAUUAAGUUAGUUGUCAUGGGAAUUUUCCAAAGUGUUAGCAGUUCCAUGCCUUUUAGUGACAUUUUUGACCCAUAACAAAAUAUUUUGACCUUAACAUUAUGUAUACUUAAAAAUAAUA